UUCCGCCCGCUAGCCUGAAUCGAAGGCCAAAAUUUAAAUACCACAAACAGAGGUCGAGGGGAACGGGCGGAGAGAGAGAGAAGAUAGAGCUAGCAGAGCUGCAGCUAGACAAAGAAGUUUUUGGACCCCAGUCCCUUCUUCCUUGCACGGUGAUGGCCGCCGUCGCUGCUGUCUCAUCUUCCAGAUUCUCCAUCCCUGGCAACUGUCUUCCUUCGAUCUCUUAUUGCCAUUCCGUUGCCCGAUUCCUGACUCCUACUGCUCUCAAUAUUUCUCUCUCCUCCUCUCCUCCUCGCCUGCAGAUCUUCCCCCUCCGUCCCAACCGAAACCCCUUCCUCAUCGGAUCUGGCCGCGGUGACGGAGGCUUCGGGUCUGGUAAUUCUGGCGGCGGUGGUGGCGGAGGUGGAGGCAAUGGAGAUGAUGAGGGGUCGAGUGGGAAGAACCGGACUGAGGCGAUUCUUGCCCUUGCUGAGAUCGGCCGCUCGAUUGACAGCAUACCUUCCGACCUCGCUGCGGCGAUUGAUGCGGGGAGGAUACCGGGGGAGAUAGUGUACCGUUUUGCGGACUUAGAAAAGUCUUCGAUCUUCCGUUGGCUACUGCAGUUCGGAGGUUUCAAGGAGCGGCUGUUGGCAGAUGAUUUGUUCUUGGCUAAGGUUGCUAUGGAGUGCGGAGUUGGUAUUUUUACAAAGACUGCAGCAGAAUGGGAACGACGAAGAGAGAACUUUAUGAAAGAACUUGAUUUUGUUUUUGCAGAUGUGGUAAUGGCCAUAAUUGCAGACUUUAUGCUUGUUUGGCUUCCUGCACCAACUGUUUCUCUUCGACCACCUCUUGCUGUGACUGCUGGACCAAUUGCAAAAUUCUUUCACAGAUGCCCAGAUAAUGCUUUUCAGGUUGCUUUGUCUGGAACCUCUUACUCACUUCUGCAGAGAAUAGGCGCAAUUGUGAGGAAUGGGUCAAAGCUUUUUGUAGUUGGAACUACUGCAUCUUUGGUUGGGACUGGUGUAACAAAUGCCUUGAUUAAUGCAAGAAAGGCAGUGGACAAGAAUUUUGCUGGAGAAGCAGAGGAGGUUCCACUAAUAGAGACAAGCGUUGCUUAUGGUGUAUACAUGGCAGUUUCUAGUAAUCUUAGAUAUCAGAUCGUAGCUGGUGUCAUUGAACAACGGAUUUUGGAGCCAUUGCUACACAACCAAAAGCUCUGGCUCAGCGCACUGUGCUUUGCAGUUCGUACAGGGAAUACGUUUUUGGGAUCCCUAUUGUGGGUUGAUUAUGCUCGCUGGACUGGCGUCCAAAAAAUUCGGGAAUAGAUUGGUACAACCAAAGAACUUGUCGUCUUCAAUCCCAAAUCGUUUUAUUUGAUUUUAGUGGAAACGUUCUCAGAUAACGCUGAUUCUGCCUUUCCAAUUUGAUAAUUUUAGAAGCAAUUAGGAAAAUGGUUAUGGAAUUUAAUUUAAGUUUUUUCCAUUGUAUGCUUUUAAAUUUCCUUAUUGUUGACCUCUCUUCAUGUUCAAUUAAUACGCAUUUUAUUGCUGUCUUAAAACUCAUUUGAUGUUAUUAAUAGCAGCAGAAUUCUCGAAGAUUUCAA